GGAAAGCUCUAUUCACUCAGUGCAUGACGUCACUUUUUGCGUUUGAGAAAGAGCGUUUCAAUGCGUAUGAUAUCAAUACGUCCCGACAUGGCCGCGCCCAGUUUGUGCCGCUUCAAGUGCCGAGUGUUUUACAAGGCAGCUGUUUCAAACUUUUACACGCUACGUUCGGCAAAUUUAUUACCAUUAGAAUGCACCGUUCAAACGUCGAGACACAUGCGUUUAUUCAGCGACUCAGCGAAACAGCAAAAAGAAUACGACAUUGUCAUCGUCGGUGGAGGCAUUGUUGGAGUGGCGACUGCUAGAGAACUGUCGUUGCGGCAUCCGAAGCUCAGGCUUGCUGUUGUAGAAAAGGAAAACAAACUCGCGGCUCACCAGAGCGGCCACAACAGCGGAGUCAUCCAUGCUGGCAUUUAUUACGCUCCCGGAUCGCUGAAAGCCAAGCUGUGUGUGCGAGGACUGGAGCUGGCCUAUAAGUAUUUCGACGAGCACAACGUACCCUACAAGAAAUGUGGAAAACUAAUCGUGGCUGUCGACCCAGCGGAACUUCCACGAUUGGAUGCAUUGGAAGAGAGAGGCAUCAAGAAUGGUGUGAAGGACUUGAAGAGACUGGAUUCCCGAGAAAUUAAAACCGUGGAGCCAAACUGCACGGGCUUGCAGGCACUGUGGUCCCCGCACACGGGUAUCGUUGACUGGGGAGAGGUGACUCAAUCAUACGGUCGUGACUUCAUCAGCCAAGGUGGAGAUGUCCUGCUGAAUUUCCCUGUCCGCGCCAUAGAGACCGUGGCCGAGAGCCAGUCCACAACAGGGGGCCUCACACACCCUGUGAGGGUGGUCAGCGACAAGAAGGCAGUCCACUGUCGCUACGUUGUUACCUGUGGUGGCCUCUACUCGGACAAAUUGGCGGCACUUUCGGGCUGCAAUCCAGAGCCGAAGAUAGUUCCAUUUCGUGGGGAGUACCUUGUUCUCAAGCCAGAGAAAGCAGAUUUGGUACGAGGAAACAUCUACCCAGUUCCAGAUCCCCGUUUCCCUUUCCUUGGUGUACACUACACACCCAGGAUGGACGGCAGUGUCCUUCUGGGGCCAAAUGCUGUGCUCGCUUUUCGGAGAGAGGGCUACGGCUACUUCGACAUCCACAUACCAGAGCUUUUGGAUGCAUUGACUUUCAGGGGUUUUCAAAAGCUGGCCGUUCGCAACAUCUCCUAUGGCUGGCAGGAGUUCUAUCGGGGUGUGUACAUCAGGGCUCAGGUGAAGCAGCUACAAAAGUACAUCCCACAACUCCAGUACUCAGACGUCUCACGGGGCCUCUCUGGUGUGAGAGCUCAAGCCUUGGAUCGUGAUGGAAAUCUAGUGGACGACUUUGUUUUUGACAGUGGCGAAGGCGAACUAGCCAAACGCACCUUGCAUGUUCGGAACGCCCCUUCCCCAGCAGCCACAUCAUCUCUUGCUAUUGCUGAGGUGGUUGCUGACAAAGUGCAAGAAACGUUCCAACUGUGAUAAGAAGUUAGAAUUCAUUGUCACUGAUUCUGUUACAGUCUGUGACAUGGCAGCUCAUUUUCUGUCUACUGAACACUUAAUGGGGCCUUGAAACACUUUUUGAACUAGUAAAAAAAUAUUUGCCGGUCUGUUAACGAGGCUCCUGUGAACAUGUGAGCCAAAUAUUAUCGCACUGCACGCAGCAGGGAAUCUACAAUCUCGUGUCAAAAGAAGUGAAGGGUUGCUUGCUCUUGCAUGCACAUUGUUGUUAUCGAAAGCAUUUGACGGACCAACACUAUUGGCCGAUUUUGUGAUCGCAAGAGCAUUGUUAGUAAUACAUCAUUGCUAAUUUUGAGUUGAAAAAUGAAAGAUAGAUAUGUCUGCGAUCUCAAGAAGACAGAAAAAUAAUUUCAUCUUUGCACUGCGCGUGGCCUCCCAGAUGGCAGCGGCUUGCCGUGUACCCUAGUCUACCACGGCUGCCACGGGGUGUCGCGAUGAGCCCUUUUGCCAUCGUGACCCUCAACUUUUGGCUGGGGCUUUGCCUUCUUGGCUUUUCUGCUGUGUAGCUUCCAGCAUGCUAGCAGAGAUGAAAGGAGAGAGAAAGUCGGGUGUCUGUGCAAUAACUCCACUUAUAGUUAAAGGAUGUGAAAAAUUUUUGUGGCAUGAGGUUCAUAGAAUGACGUACAUUAAUAGUGAAGCCAUUCUACGAUUAGUGAAAGUGUUUCAGGGCCCCCUCAAAGGGACGCUAAAGAGAGAACACUGGAUCUGUUUAGGUUGAUAAAGUAUUCUUUCAAACGUCUAUUUUCAAUACUUUCGUGGUAAGAGGCUGAUAACUAGCAGAGAUAAUGAAGGCCAUAACUCCAUUUUCCGAAUUUGGCGCCGCAACCCCAGUGCCAUUAAGUCAGUGUGACAGCACAGAAUAUAUUUUCUUGUAUUUGGGUCAUUGUUUAGUGCAGUAAAAUAGUUAAGAACUUGCUAAGUUCAGUCUUUGGCUUUGUUAGAAUACCAUGUAGUCCACCAUUAACACUAAAAUGUUAACUGGGCCUAAGCAGGUGCCAUCAAAAUCCACGCUGUCACAGUGAGUUGCUGUGGGACUUACAAGGUGGCAUUGCCACCCAUCUUUCGUUUCUGUCUUUUCUGGAUUAUUAUCCCUCCUGUUAAACUAAGGGUCUUGUCUCCUUCCCCUCCGUUGUAGAAUGGUACUGUACGAAUACAGCUCAAAUUAUUUUUCUCUUUAGUGUCCCUUUAACGUAGGAAGUGGUUGUGAAGAACAAAUAUUGUUGACUAAUCAUUUCAGGGACAAUAAAUACCGCCAGUCAUUGUUUUCUAGUCAUAAUGUUCUACCUGUAUUUUUGAAAAUAAAGCACUACUUUUGCUGCCAA